AUGGCUGAUGCCCAUCACCCCGCUGCGGCUGGUGCUGGCGACCGCUCCCUCAAGUGUUGUUGUGGUUCUGUGGAGUGUGUCUUUCUGAGACAUAACUGCUCUGUGCUUGCUAGCGUUGAGAAGGAUGUCCACACUGCUGCACGAAUGGGCCAGGCGCUACUUGCCCGCCACGAAGCUUACAUGGCUGGCGCGGAGCGGGAUCGUUCCGAGCUCACUGCCCGAAUCGAACAGCUAGAAGCCGACAACAAAGACCUUGAGGCCAGGAACGCGAAGACGAUCGAGGAAAAUAGGAACUUGUUAGAUCAACUUGAAGCACUCAACACUGCCGUCGUGGAUUCCGAUGGCUGUAUUAGAUCUCUUGAGGCUACGCUGCUCUCUUCGCAGCAGACCGUUCGUCGCCUGGAAGGGGAAACUGCCCGCGCCGCUGCACUGGAACGCCAACUUAUAGCUCUAGAGCAGGAGCAAGCCGAGCUUCAAAGUCACUUAUCUCUUUCUCGUGAAGAGGCACGAUCUGCUCUAUCAAGAUGGAAGCGAGCAGAAAGGGGUAUCAACGACUUACAGGAACAACUUGAACGGAUAGAGCAAGAAGCGAAAGAAGAGAGAGAAUAUCAUAUGGAGAUGAUGGGGCGCAUAGAGAGACAGCGUGAGGUGGAGAAGGAAUUAAACACUGCUGCGGGCCGCCUAAAAGGGGCCGCUGCUGCUAAGUCAUUAGACAGGGGCCCUGGAGGAGGCAGUAGUGCGGUGUCGCAUUUUGUUCGCGACUUGUUACAAGACAACGCUAAUCUUCAAUGUGGGAUCGCCGAGCUACGGGAGAUGCUCAUGAACUCCAACGACGAAAUACAGGCCUUGCGGGAUCAACUGCUAUACCAUCAACCAUCAGGAGAAGGGCAGACCAGUAUCACAUCAACACUGAGGGCGGAGCUUGAAUUUGAACAGUGGUCACCGGAGAAGAAGCCCCCCAAGAACUCUCAAGAGUUCCAUAUUCAUCACCAUUAUCAUGUACCUAAAGCGAAGCAGGAGGGGAAGAAGCCGCGUAAAAAGCGACCAGGACUCACGCCGGGAAUAUUUGCACCUCUAGGAGGUUCAUUGCCGAACACACCGCCCCAUAACCUAGCGCGACCACAGCUCAUAUCACAUGCACAUAGGGAAUCGUUGCUCUCCAAUUGUUGGUCUCAGUAUUCGGAGCAAUCGGAAUUCGCACCAUCGUCAGCGCCGAGCUCACCUCGGUCGAAUAACCGAAACUCACUAUUCGAUCAUACGAUCGAUUCCUUCCCCGGCUCGCCCACAACAAGUAUUGACCCGAUGUCGCCUACUUGGCACGGUUCACAUCACAAACAAUAUUCCAACGUGUCUUCAAGAAGCUUUCGAAUGUCAACAAAUAUGUCUUUCAUACAGCCUGCUCCCACCCAACCCCAGCCUAUCAUCGAAGAGGCUGACGAUGGAGAUAGCCCUUCAGAUCUAACCACCACCGAUGAAUCUGCGGUGGACGAUGGGCCGUUCUCUAAUAGUCCAGAUACUCCCAGAGAGACCGCCGAUACCACAGGCAAAAAUGAAACCCCGCGAGCCCGAAAACAUAGAGCUUUGUCUCAGGAAUCUAUUAUAUCGCUUUCCGGUGGUCUUGAUAUUCAUACAUUGAAGUCGAGGCCCAGCCAACUCACCUUCGGCCAGAUUGGCUCCGCCGCUUCCGUAACGGGGAGCAGUGAUAUCAUCGCACGGCCCAUGCUAUCCCGCAACCAUUCGAGACGAAGCAGUGUGAUACUUCGUGAGAAUUAUGGUUCGUCACCAGUAGGAAGCUUGCAAUCUAUCUCCGAUUCUGCCAUGCAAAACCCUAGGCCGUCAAACCUUGGUAAAUGGACGGUAUGGCGGCCAUGGGGCGGAGGCACGAGGGGAAGCGGAGGAGUCACUUCCAACGGGAGCAGCAAUACACUUGCCAAAACUUCCAAGGAGAAGAUCAAUCAAAAGUCUCACGAUCGCCCACCGGGCAUCAACCAGCCCGGUACGAUACCCGGGUUUUCGGAAUAUGUAGCGGCUGCACAACGUAGAUUACCGCCUGCCAAAAUUCAGCCCGAUACAGUAGACCACGAAGCAUUGAUGGAGGGGCUCGACGAAUGA